AAAUAAUUAGUUUGUGAAUAAAUAUCAUAUAAAUACCACUCCAGACUCAUUCGCAUUCUCCACAAGCAAAACACAUACAACACUUUGUUGGAUAAUCCGAAUUCAAACUACUACCACCACAAUGAUUCUAUCUUGGAGAAGGAGGAGAGCCAGCCAUGGUGGCAGCAAGAACAGCAAGGUUCUGAAUGGCAAUUUAGAAACAGAGAUCAGAAUUCCGACCGACUUUCGGUGCCCGAUUUCUCUGGAUUUGAUGAAAGAUCCAGUCGCGUUAUCCACCGGGAUCACCUACGAUCGAGAGAGCAUCGAGAAGUGGAUCGAAGAGGGGAACCAAACCUGUCCGGUUACUAAUCAGGUUUUGACGAGCUUCGAUGAAAUCCCAAAUCACGCACUGCGUAGGAUGAUUCAGGAUUGGUGUGUUCAGAAUCGUUCUUACGGGGUUGAAAGGAUCCCGACGCCUCGAAUCCCGGUGACCCAGUGCGAGGCUUCGGAGAUUUGCUCAAGAAUUGCGGUCUCAACGCAACGCGGGGACCACAAGAGAUGCCGUGAAUUGGUGGUGAAGAUCAAGGCGUGGGGAAAGGAGAGCGAGCGUAACAGGCGGUGCAUUGUGAACGGCGGAACAGGGUAUGUGCUGGCCGAUUCCUUCCAUUCUUUUGCGAGCGUUUCGGCUGAGAAACAUGUCGACUUGUUGAAGGAGAUCCUGUCGGUCUUGACAUGGAUGUUCCCGCUUGGUGAAGAGGGGCAGUCGAAAUUAGGAUCGGCGUCAUCUCUAGGCUGCAUGGUAUGGCUAUUGAACGGCGGGGAUCUUUCGGCAAGGCAAAACGUGGUUUUAGUACUCAAAGAGCUUCUUUCUUUGAAUCAAAGAUAUGUGGAUGCCUUGGCAGAGAUUGAAGGAGUGGCUGAGGCUUUAAUCGAGAUAAUCAAGGACCCAAUUUGCCCAAAGGCUACCAGGGCCUCUUUAACAGCAAUUUUCUACAUGAUUUCUCCAUCUGCAACCAGCCAGAGAUUCGCAUCAAGAUUUGCUGAACUGGGUAUCGUUCCCAUGAUACUAGAAAUCCUCGUGGAAGCAGAAAAAGGAAUCUGCGAGAGGGCUUUAGGCGUUUUGGCUGGUAUUUGCGAUUGCAAAGAAGCCAGAGAAGAGGCCUCCAAGAAUGCUCUAACCAUGCCUCUUUUGGUGAAGAAGAUAUUAAGGAUAUCAGGGUUGGCGACAGAGUUUGCAGUCUGCAUUCUCUGGAAGCUCUGCAGGAAUGAUAAGAACAAUGAUGGCGGCGUUUUGGUUGAGGCGCUUCAAGCGGAUGCCUUUCAGAAGCUUUUGGUUCUCUUGCAGGUUGGCUGUGGUGAGACCAUAAAGGAAAAGGUCACCGAGCUGUUGAAAUUGUUGAAUCUUCACAGGGAUAAGCUUGGUUGUGUUGAUUCGUCCAUGGAUUUCAAGUAUCUCAAAAGAACAAUUUAAUUCAUCAGAAUACUUCUUUCUUUUUUUGUUGAUUCAGCUUAGAGAAGAAAAUGUGUAGAAAAUUUUACAAUGAAUACUAUUCAAUCACAAGAAGAAAUUGUACAAAGAAACAGAAAAAGUUAAUCCAAUUAUUGAUUCUGUCAAGCUAAUUAACUUCA